AUUAUUGUACUCCAAUCUUCCAUUCCAUAUUCAUAGCACUGCAUUGCACUUUUAUGUACUGUGUGCUGGCGCAUCGCAUUAAAAAAGAAAUAAUAAGAAGAAAACGACAUCCAAAGUCCGAAGGAAAAAAUAUUCCCACAUAUAAAAGAGCAGUCAACUAAAUUAUUGAAAAGAAAAACAAAUUGUUAUUAAUAAAAAAGUAAAUUGUAAAUAUAAGUUUUCAAAAUGAACAUGAAAAUGCCUGAUUUCAAUAUGAAAAAACUUGUAAAAGAGGCUGGGAGCACUCUUUCCAGGGUGGUGCAGCUAACCGAAGAAAAGUUAGGUACAUCAGAACGCACCGAACUGGAUUCGGAUUUUGAAAAUCUCGCAGAAAGGGCAGAGUGUACCAAAAACUGGACUGAGAAAAUUGUACGUGAUACUGAAUCUGUUCUUAUUCCUAAUCCUGGAAACAGAGUAGAGGAUUAUAUAUUUGAGAAAAUCGAAAAGCAGAAACCAUCACGAUUGUCUAACUUGGAGUAUCUGGCAUUGGAUAUGAUCGAAGCAGGUGGGGAUUUUGGACAGGACAGUGCCUAUGGAAUGGCCCUGAUUAAAGUUGGUCAAGCCGAACAGAAGUUGGGUAAUUGCGAACGAGAUUUUAUUGCUUCGACUGGUAUAUGCUUCACACAGCCUCUUAGAAAGUUUCUCGACGGCGAAAUGAAGACAAUCACAAAGGAAAAGGGAAUCUUAGAAACGAAGAGGUUAGAUUUGGAUGCUUGCAAAAACCGGGUGCGCAAAGCAAGGAGUAUGCUGGGUCAGCAAAGUAAAGAUGGUAUUUCACCAGAGGCUGUUUUGGAACAGGCUGAACGAGAUUUACGUGUUGCUCAAGCGGAAUUUGACAGACAAGCCGAAAUUACUAAACUUCUAUUGGAGGGUAUAAGCACUUCUCAAGCUAGCCAUUUGCGUCAUUUACAUUCCUUUGUCGAGACCCAGGUACGAUACUACUCGCAGUGCGUCCAAGUAAUGAACGACCUUCAAAAUGACCUGGCAAGUCUGGGAGGCCCCACUCGAUAUGUACCUAUCAACUCAGGCAACACUUCAAAAGCCGAUGAGGAAAAAAAUCGCGCUGCCGAUAUGAACCCUGACCAAAUGAAACGAGCCCGUGUUCUGUGCUCUUAUGACGCAAACGACCAUACAGAACUUAGUCUUACAGCAAAUGAGGUUAUUUUCGUCACAGAAUGUUCACCACAACACAGUGAUUACAUGUACGGUAAACAAGGCUUAAUGAAAGGCCUAGUGCCGCGUGCGUUCCUUGAAAUGCUUGAUGAUGACAACAUAAACGAAUGAAAGAACUUAAUAUAGUAACUAAACUUUACUACUUAUUAUUUAAAAAAAAUUAUUAUCACACAACUAAAACAAAAUUAUAUAUCAAUUCUCGAAAAUGUGUUCCAAGUAAGCAAAGCAUUUGUUGUUCUAGAUAAAAACAUUAUUGUCCCAAAUUAAAACAAAAAAAAAAUAUAAAAAUAAGAUCUCUAGACAAAUAUUUAUGUGUUGUAGACAUUGUUAAGUAAUUAUAGAUUUUAAAAUAUAUAUUUUUUGUUAAACAAACAUUUUUCUUUAUAAAUCAAUUUUGAAUUGGGCUUCCAACAAACAAAUUGUUUCCUUGUUUUUACCAAAAUUUAACGAGCUUGCCAGUAGAAUAAAAAUAAAUAGAAUUAACUUAAUUGGAAAUAACCUAACUAUGUAUAAUAAUGAAAUUAUUAAAACCUUAUUUCGAAUUUUUUUUAUCAAAAGAGUAGAAUUUGCAUUCGAACAAAAUAGACCCGUUUGGCGAUAAAAUCGGUUGUUUUGGCAAUACACAAAAUCUUCUAGAUGAAUUUCAUAAUAUUGAGAUUAAGAGAAAGCUUUAUUAUAAACGCUAUUUUGUAAAUAAAAGUAGAUAAACAUCUACUUUGCAAAAUUAAAAUAUUACCAAUGGUCAGCUUUUUUAAAGUAACGUUCUAGACAAAUGGUAUUCAAUAAAAAUAUAAUGUUUACCUUUUAGUAUAAUUAUCUUAUAUUCCUGGAUAACAAGGCUAAGCCCAGAUUAUUCUGAUCUUUAUUAUUCUUGAAUUUUUGUGGCGCAGCCUACGACUUCCUGAAGCAUAUCUUGUGAGCGCUUUCUAUUUGAUCAGAAAUUGCACUAAAGUACAAUCGUCGUUACUCGUUUAAAUACUUUGUCUAUACAAAAUAUCUCGUUUUAUUUGAUCGAUUUUGUUAACGGUACGAAUAUGGUUAAGUUCUAAAACUCGAAUGGCAUGGCAAUUGUUCCUAGGUCAUCGAAAUACUCUUUAAAAUCAAAUUAAAAGGUUUAAUUUUCUAUAUUUUAUUCUCGCAUUUAAUCUCAAUUCCAAUUAUGUGUUAUUAUAUUUUACAAACAAAUCAAAUAUAAAACUUAUUGUGCUUUUUGUGUAACCUUAAGUAUUAUUUAUGUAACCCAAUAAAGCUAGUGCAAUUAAAUUGUGUCAAUUCAAACAAAUAAAAAACAAAAAAAUAAUAAAGCAUAAUAUUAAUUUAAAUUUGCAUACAAUAAUUCAAACAACGAAGAGAAACAUAAAAUUCCAUUAAUAUAAACUUUAUACUCAUUCAAUGAUAAAUAUUGAAUAUGAUAAAACAAAAGGUAUACUUUAAGCUCAACUAUUUCUUCUUGAUGUUAUUUUGACUUAAAAAAUUGUUAAAAAUACUCUUUUUUGUGUAAUUUGAAAUUGAUUUAGACAAUUAAUUAAAAGAAUUCUAAUUAGAAAAAAAAACUUCAAUUUGUUUUUAUUUUGCUUCUUAUAUUAUUCUUAUAUAUUUCAAUGUAUUGAAACUAUCUCUCAAUUUAAAAAUGAAAACAAAAAUUGUGCCUCGUGCGAGUGGCAAUAAAUAUAACAAUUAAUAGUUUUUAAGUAUCAUAUAUGUAUUAUUAUAUAACAUUGAAAAUGAGUUACAAAAAUAAUAAUUGAAUAUUUAUCAAGAUAAUUUAUAGGUUUGCAUAAUAAAUAAAUAGAGUACAAUUAAUAUUAUUAUAUAUGUACCUACUCAUUAUUUAUAAAAUAAAGUAGGUAGACAGAAGUUGUAAAAGGCAUUAAUCUUGCCAUUUAGUUGAUAUUACUAUAUUAUUUAAAAUAAUUCAUUUAAAAAUAAAAUUAUAACUGAAAACUGUGUGCAUUGUAAAA